AUGGCUUCCAGCUCCCCGCUCCGGGUAGUCAUUGUCGGUGCUGGCUUUUGCGGCCUCACCGCAGCCAUCGAAUGCAAACUAAGAGGCCUACAUCCUAUCCUGGUCGAAGCGUAUCCCGGCGCGAGCUCGCACGGUGAUCUUCUUGACUUUGUCCGCAAUGCCGGUCGUAUCUUUGAGUCCUGGGACAAUGGAGCCGUCGGUCGCAAAUUGGCAGCAGCGGGCGUCAACAAGGCCAAGUUUUUGGAGUUCUUCAAUUCCACAAACCAGCCUCUCCGACGGGAUGUGUGGCCACAAGGGACCGACUUUCAGUACGUGUACGCUGGGCACCGUGGAGAACUCCACGAGAUUGUCUAUAACUAUGCGCGGGAGAUCGGUUACCUUGAUUCUGAGCAAGAGCGCGGAGUAGUCGUCGAAGGAGGCGAGAAGAUUCUUGGAGAUGUUGUACUGGCCUGCGAUGGGCCGAAAUCCAUGGCUCGCGAGCAGCUGCUAAGCCUGAAAGAAUCAAAAGUCAACAGCGGUUAUGCCAUCUUCAGAGCCUUUUUCAAUAUCACGGACGAAAUGCUCAAGGAUCCCCUGGUUGCCGAGAUGGUAAACGGAGGUGAGGAUACUGUGCGCUGCUGGGUUGGCCGUGACAUGCACGGUUUCAUCUACACCUGGAAGGGUGGAAAGGACUGUGCCUGGGUUCUCACACACUUGGAUGAAUCGGAUAUUGCAGAGUCCUUGUCUGAGAAAGCCAAGAAGUCAGACGUCCUGCAUUAUCUCGACAAGGCAGGGUUCCCCGACGUUUGGAGAAGCAUCACCAAGGUUACGCCAAAAGACCGCCUGAUCGACUACAAGCUGGUUUGGAGAGACCCCGUCACAACCUGGCUCUCGCCGUUCAAGAGAUGCGCCGUGAUGGGCGACGCUGUUCACUGCCAUUUGCCAACCUCUGCUCAGGGUGCCUGCCAGGCGGUCGAAGACGCCACCGCUGUUGCAAUGUGCCUGCAGAAAUGUCAAGGUGAUCUAGAGCUCGGUCUGCAAGUUUUUGAACGUAUACGUUUCAACAGGUCGCAUGUCAUUCACCAGGCCUCUAUUUCGACUCGCAAUAUUUACCACAACAAUGACUGGACCCCCGAGUUCAUUGAGCAAUACCCAGGCUCUCUCAUUAUCCCACUUCUGCCGUGGGUUACCGACUACAAUGUUUUUGAGGAAGUGGAUAAGCAUUACGACCAGCUUGCCAAGGAUGUAAAAAGUGCAAAGAAGGGCACAAUUGAACAACUUUCGUUGCCUGCCGGCGGAAGCUAUGACUCUAUGGACAUGACUGAGGGAGCUUCCAUACUUGCCACCGAUUCAGUGUAUACCCAGGGCGAGGGAGUUGUAGUUGCUUAA